AUGGUCUCUGCUCUGUGGAAGGCUUGUUCGCAAGGCGACUUGGAUGUUGUGAAUGCUGAGCUCGCUGCUGAAAACGUUGACCUCGAGAUUAAAGACCACACUGGAAGUACUCCCCUCAUCGAGGCCAUCAAGAACGGCCACGCAGAAAUCGUGAAGGUCUUGUUGGACAAGGGUGCUGACCCGACCAACGCGUCAAGCCAAGGACUGCCGGAAACUUUUACGUCUGACCAAGGGAUUCUGGGCAUGCUGAAUUUUGCUCGAAGUAAACAUUCACAAGAGUCUGCCACGUCUCAAACAAAUGGCUACGAGGGCAACAAUGCGUCGGCCUACGCGCCACCAGCAAAUUACCCAUUCUUUGCCAGCCUCAACGGUGUCCCGCCUCCGGAUAUGUACUACCCACCUCCGAUGGCAAAUGGUCCUCGUCACAACAAUCUUCCACCACCGGAAGUUGCUUCCGCCAUCCCUUGCCGAUAUUUUCCGGCGUGUCGUUAUGGCGCAGCGUGUCUUUUCCGACACCCUCAAGCACCCUACUACCAAGCGCCUCCCGCGCCUUACCCAAACUCGUAUGAACACGUACCACCACCACAGCCCUACGCACCCACCUAUUAUCCUGUAUCACCACCUUCGUUUCCCCCUCAACAAGGUCCACCAAUGCCUAUGCCAGUACAUGGGCCACCGACAUCUGAAAUGAUGCCGCCUCCACCCCCUGGCCAUUUCAGUCCAACAGGUGCCCCAGCGAUGCCUUACGGACCCAUCUCACCUAUCAUGUACUCUCAUGGAUCGCUCCCUAUGCCGAUUCCAUCUAUGCCUACCUCACAAUCACCGCCUUCCUUCAAUCCUGCCUCCCCGUCUGCAGCUCCCAAUGGUUUCCCGAAUGGCCACGUAGCUCCGUACUCACCCGUAAACGGAGCGGUUUAUCCCGACGCUGCCGUAGCGCCUCAGCCCAAUUCACAAGCAGAUGCUCCUCGUCAAGAUGGUUCAAUGGGCAAUCGGCGAGGAACUGGUCGGCGUGGGUCCUUCGCGCGCUCUAAACAAACUCCUCCUUGUAUCUUUUUCCCAACGGGGCGAUGCAAGAAUGGCGAUGAAUGUCGUUUCCCCCAUAUUAUGCCUCCAGAAGGAGUUGCUCCCCCAACGUCUUUCCCGACUCGGGGCGGUGGACCUCGCCCUCGCGGACAGUCUAAUGGCAACGGUUACGCUGGCCUCGACGAAAAAAUGGCCAACAUGUCACUGAACGGUCACUCCGGUCCCAAUUCGCGUGGGAGAGGCGGAAAACCUAGCGCGAAUGGCCACAAAAGAGCUGUUUUCCCUUUGAAACAGCGUGUACCUAAUGCAGACGAGUUCCCUGUUCUGAACGGGACGACUACUCCUCCUCUUCGUGUCAAUGGGAAUGGACCUACGGCAGCCCAGAUUCUCCAGGCUCCUCGUCCUAUUCGUACCAACGGUUCGCAGGCGGCAACUCCUCGCAACAGUUCUCCCGACAGGCUUCAGGAGCCGAAUGGAACUGUCGAGCCUGCACCUCUUACCUUCGCAUCGGUUGCCACUCCCGAUGUUGCGGUCUCCGCCUAA